GAGGGAAGAUAGAAUAGAGACACUAGCAGGUGUUGAAGAUAGGGAAAAUCAUUAGAGACCGGGUGCCACAAAACAACAAGGCAAUUAGGGGAAAGUGUGUUUAAAGGCAAAAGUAAAGAACAGAAAAGAGUCAGACAGAAACUCAAACAAUCUGAUUCUUUUUUAAUAAGCUGGAGCUCACUUAUUUUUCAGCUCUUUAUCCUCCUUGUUUCAUACGGAUUCUCCUUUCUCGAUCAUCCCCUUCUUCCUCCCGUUUUCCUCUCUGACAGACAGUGCCACCAUGGAAACUGGAAGCCCUAGGAAGAUACAGUUCACCGUCCCUCUACUGGACACCCACUUGGACCCAGAGGCAGCUGAACAGAUCAGAAGACGAAGACCCACGCCCGCCACUUUAGUGGCAUCCAGUGAUCAAUCAUCACCAGAAAUUGAUGAAGAUCGUCUCCCAAAUCAGCUGUACAAGGCAGCCUUGUUGAACUCCCCUCGGCAACGGCGAAAAGGGCAAAAGGGAACGCCUACGAUGAAAGAGCUACAGUUCCUGGUAGAGCACCACCUGUACAGGCAGCAGCAGGGAGCUGGGGACGAAUGCUCCUCAGAGAGCUGCCUGUCAGACCGGCCCAGCCCCGACUCCGUGCCCAUGGGAGAGGAGCUCCCCCACGACGAUGAGGCCACUGCAGAGGCCUUUGAGAAACUGCGUUGCCAAAUGGAGGAGUUCUCGAGGGAGAGUCUAUUAGAGGCUGCCGGUGGGCUCGAGUGUCCCCUCUCCAAGGAGAAAGAGGAUUGUUCCAGUGUUGCCAGUGUAGCAGAUCCCUCAUCGCAACAAAACAAUGCACAAGCAGAAACAAAAGCAGGAGUGAGUCAGCCGGCAGAGGAGAAGACAAAGAAAUGCAGCCUGAAGACAGAGAAAUAGAGCAGUCCUCUGUGCAACACAAUGCUGCUCAGUCUGCUCAGUCAGCCCUACACAAUGACAGAAGAUUGUGUCUGCAGAUUCACUUUUUCAAAACAUCAGGGCUUCUAUAUUCCUCUACGGCCAGGCCUUAGUUACCACCUUGAGAAAAAUAACAAAAGUUUCUACAUUUAUUUUGUGUCACAAAUCUUGUGUAGAGGGACAGUUGUAUAAUUAUAUUUGUUUUUGUUAAAGCUCCCCCCGCACUAAAUUAAAACUAGCCUAUUGUAUUCCCCAACUGGGAUUUAUUAUCUGGUUAAUGGGACAAGCUUUCAUGUCUCCCACAUACAUUAUCAUAAUCUGUCACAAGUUUAAUAUCCCAUCGAAUUAUCAAAGUCAACAAAUAUUUUUGUUUGUAAUCAAUGUAGACAUUUUCAAUUGAUUUAUACAUGCCAUGAAUUCAACAUUUAUUGUUCCAUCUCAUAGCAAUAAAAUAGCAUCAGAACCUCGUAAGUAACCAAUUUAAAUUCAAAUGCCGUCUCUUAUGAGCAAUCAGUAAAGACAGAAAUAAAUGUGGGUUUAUUGAUAUUUUAUAGUAAACAUAUAUUUGGAUUUUUGAACAACUCGGUUGAUAUUUACAAAUAUUUUUAAGACCAACUGCAAUUUUAUUUACAUUAUUAAUAAUUAGUCGAUUAAACACAUGGAAGAAACUAGAAAGCCAUUUUUGAUCAUAAUUAUGAUUUCCUUUGGCUCCAGUGGGUCUCAAACUGUGUGUCGAGCCUGCCUGGUGGGGCAGACAAGCACUGUGUGUGGGUGGCUGUGAUUACCAAAGUUACAAAAUAAGGUGAAACUAAACUGACUAAAAAAUGUAAAAAGAGGCUGAUGAUGGUGUACCGUUGAUCUGUAUUUUGUUGAGCUGUCAUCCUUGCUCAACUUUUGAAGGCGGGCGUGCCAGAAAAAGUUUGGUAACCACAGCCUUGAACUGUGUCUACACAGAGCACAUUUCAGACCUUAUCUUCAGACAUUUGUCCCACAUAUGUCUGACAGAAGAGUCGCUUAUAGGUUAAUCACACUGGGCAUUAAAUGAAAUUCAAUCUAUAGAAGUGUAUUUUCAUGCUUUAAGUCUAUUUUCAUACAUUCUGCACUCACAGUUGCAGUGAUUGCAUCCAACAAGGCUUUCAAAGCUUCCAAAAUGACCUCAAAGGCAAAACUUUUACACACGCAGAGCUCUGUGUAGAUGCAGUUUCAUGCUCUGCAGUUCUAAACAGACAAAAUGUAUAAUGUAAUUUCUUGGAAAUAUUUUUAAUCUGAUCAUUUCUAGAUGAAAUGAUUCGCGAAUAAUCCCAGAAAACAUGUUUUUUUGCAGCCUUAACAGCAUCCCAAGCCUGCAGGUAUUGACUCUGUAAACAGCGUUGCAAGAUGUAAAAAGAAAUCCGGUCAGAAACCAGUCCAGCCAUCAGAAAAGUAGACUAAUUAUACUGUAACAGCUGUCAUUCUGGUUUUGUUUUCAUUUUUCAGAAUAGAGAAUUACUCCUGAUACAAAUAGGAAGGCACUGCUUGUUGAAUGAGAGAAAACAGAAAAACCAACCUGCAAACUAAAGUGCAGCACAUUAAACCACAUCUAACUGCUGGUCUGACUCUGACUCUGGUGUAGUCCCCUGGCUAUGCUUCAGGACCACUGCUAACGAUUGCCUGUGGCUUAAAGGCUACAGGGCAGAUAUGUUUACUUAGUUUGUUGUUUGUGUGGCUAAGAUUCAAACUCCUGUCAGUCAGUCACACACAGGCAGACAGCUGAAGAGAAGCAUUGCUGACCUUUCCCCAAAAGUCAUUUUAGUUCUUUUUAGAGGGAGGGAGAAAGCCUGUCUUUAAGUCUUUAAACCCUGUGUGAGCAAUUGUUACUCAAUAAGAAGUAGAAAGCUAUGUCAGCUUACAGUAAUGCAUGUACUGAUAACUAGACUAUUACCCUUGUUGUAAAUGUCUAGUUGAUAAACAGGGUACAAGCGAUCGUCUCUAAAGCUCCAUUUGCAUAUUUAGGAUUAACAAGGAGGAAUCCAUCCCCAGUGAGUAAAUUGCACCCUCAUUUUUGACACAUGAAUGGUUCUUGGGAAUUUAAAUUCUGGUCAUGAAACAUCCUCUUGCAUGGCACUGAAUGUACAGUGACUUGUACUCUACGCCCAAGGUACUUACUGUGCUUCAUUUUGUACAAAAAAAACAAAUUUAAACACUUUUUUUUUCAAACUGCUGCAUAUUAUUUGAAUUCUAGUUUGUAACGAAGACAUCUUAAAGUCAUCAGCACACUAAAUAUUUGUCAUGUAAUCUGUCUUUGUAUCACUGAAGUGGCAUUAUGUGACAAUCUUUCUAUAACCUUCACAUCAUACUUGACAUGUCUAAAAGGAAUAAAUGAACAAAACUAAAUCUGGUGUUUCGGUGUCACUUUAGGAGAUUAAUCAGCCACAGCAACAGUCGUUUGUUACUCAGUUGCCAACAAUGGUCACUUUAUCCACGAUGAACAAGAAGAACAGUAAAACAUUCCUCUGCAAGCUUUAUGUUUUUCUCCUGCAAUGUAUUUAUGGGUAAAAUUGUUUUUUGAAUGGUAGUAGUGUACUUUACUUGAAUAACA